GACUGACGUUCCAUUCCCGCUCCAUUCGUCGUCGCCCUUCGCUCCCCCUCCUCCCGAAAUCCCAGAGCGGCCUCCUUCGCAGGCCCGUACAGCCUGCGGGGGGGCCGGUAGAGUAGCCUCCAAGGUCGCCGACUCGUCGUAGUUCCUGCUGUUUCGUGCGUGACACCGGAGCGAGCCGGAGGGGGGAGGAGGAGGCAUGGAGGCGGGAGGGAGGAGGCUGGCGGCGGGCAGGGUGGAGGCGAGCCCCGAGCGCGGCAGGCCGGCGGCGUACGCGUCGGCGGGGAGGCCGGCGCCGGCGAGGCCCAUGCGGAGGGUGCAGAUCAUCUACUACCUCUGCCGCAACGGGCAGCUGGAGCACCCGCACUUCAUGGAGCUCGCGCAGCACCCGCACCAGCCCCUUCGCCUCAAAGAUGUCAUGGACAGGCUGACGCUGCUGAGGGGCAAGGGCAUGCCGGCUCUCUUCUCGUGGUCCUGCAAGAGGAACUACAAGAACGGGUACGUGUGGAACGACCUGUCGGAGAACGACGUGAUCUACCCGUCGGACGGCGUGGAGUACGUGCUCAAGGGCUCCGAGAUCUUCCCUGGCUGCUCUUCUUCCGAUCGGUUCCAGCACCUACGCGUGACCGACCGGUCGCCGACGAAGCCGCCGCUGGCGCUCCCUCACAUGAGCCACAACAAGCAGUACCCCGUGGACGGCUACGGAGACUACGACGCCGUGGAGGACCGGGACGACGACGAGCUGGGCCACUCGUACCACCACCGCCGGACGGCGUCGGGGCGGCCCGAGAAGGCCGCCGCCGCCGCCGUCUCGGCGCGCGCGGCCACCAACCGGGCCCGCCCCGUGGAGCUCCCCGUCGAGGAGACCUCGCCGCCGUCCUCCACGUCCUCGGACAAGCCCCCGCCGCCAGCGGCGCUGCUGAUGCAGCAGCAGCAGCAGCCGGGGAGGAGGGCCACGUCGGAAGUGCCUGAGCCGAGCCGUCCCGGGUCCAUGCUGCUGCAGCUCAUCGCGUGUGGGUCGACGACGGCGCCGUCCGCGGCAGGCGGCGGCGGCGGCCCGGGGAAGUGCCGCGCCGAGCCGAGGCGGAGCUGCGGCCUCGUGAGCCGGCUCUCGGCCCGCGGCGGCGCGGACGCGGACGAGGACGAGGACGGUGUGGGCGCGGGGACCGACCUGGGCCGCCGGUUCGGCCGCCUCGCCGCCGAGGACAAGGAGUACUUCAGCGGCAGCAUCGUGGAGGGCGGCGGCGGCAGGGGCACGCCGCUGCCGGCGUCGUCGCUCAAGCGCUCCAACUCGUACAAUGAGGAGAGGAGCUGUAGGCCCGGCGGCGUUGCUGGUGGUGCCGCCAUCGGCGAGGAGGCCAUGGAUGAAGGCGACGGAGGGGUCAGGGGAAGAUGCAUCCCGGGGAGGAAAAAGCCGCCGCCGCAGCAGCAGCAGCAGAAAUAGCGCAUUUGGCUCAUCCUUCUUUAUGUGUAAACGCAAAUCUUGAUCUGAAGACAAGCGUAGCUUUGUUUAGCAUUUUCAAUUUUCAAACAUGCCGUUGUCGUGGAGGCCAUGCAGGCAGCAAGUACUUAGCUGUGUCUAAGUGUUGAAAACUUGAAAUCACGUUGAGCACUACACUUGUCUUCUUUUAACGAGUGCGGGACGCUGUAGGCCCGAGGGGCCGGUGGCCCCACGUGCGACUGGAAGCGAUGCAUGAUGCUGUCAUUCACUGUUGGAUCCUGUCGUGCACUGUGCUUUCCUGACGGCUAGCUGACGCACCGGCCA